CACUGUGAGAACAGGGUGCUGGACUGAUCCUGCAGGCUCCUCUGAUGUUCGAUUCCUCUGAGAUGACCAGCUGAGCGAAGCCGUGUUCUUUUUUUUUGAACGUCUGACUACCAGGCGCGUCACAAUGUCAUCGGGCGAUUGACGCUGUCCCUGUCCAACAGGAAGCGAGCGCAGCAGCCAGCUGGCGCUGCAGAGGCGGCUCCUUCCCCAUCGCCUCGCCCCUCAACGGCCCGAGCAGCCGCUCUCCUUCCUUCCUGCCUUCCUUCCAGCCCGCCUCCCAUGCCCCGGGAGCAGGCGCGAGCGAGCGAGCCCCUGAGCGCGUGCAGAGUUCCGCGCGCCCGCCCCGUCCUCGCGUCUUCCGCGCCCCUGGCGAGGAUGUCCUCGCUGGCGGCUGGGCUUGGGGCGGCGGCGGAGGACGAGGAGGUGGCGGCGGUGCUGGGCGGCGGGGGCUGGCCGGUGGUGGCGCCGCCGCAGGGCCGCGAUCUGGAGCCGGCGCGCCUGCGGAGGAACACCUGCUACAUCGUCCUGGCCGUCCUGCUCAACGAGGAGGUGCGGCUGCGGGACGGGAGGAGAAAUUGACGCUGCGGCUGUUCUCGGGGGUGGGGGGAGGCGCUCCCCUCUCCCCCUUUCUUUGCCCAGCGCUGCCCGCUUGCCCAGGACCCCCAGGCUGGACGCGGCUGGCUUGCCUUGGCCCCUCGACGGCGCGCCAGGCAAAGCAACGCUGCAAAGCAUCCUUCCCCGCAGCCAGAUUGCUUUGCAGCAUCCACAAGCCCGCACGCACGGAGGCGGGGGUCCGGCAGGGAGUGGCUGAGCCCAGGGGGCCGUCCUCUUCCUCGCCCCUUCCCGACAGCCCCCCUCCCACAAUAUAUAUGUGUCUAUAUAUCUUUCCUCGCCCCCUUCUCCAACAGGGAGAAGUGCUGAUGAUGCAGGAGGCCAAGCGGGAGUGCCACGGGCGGUGGUACCUGCCGGCGGGGCGGAUGGAGCCCCGGGAGACCAUCGUGGAGGCCAUGCGGAGGGAGGUCCAAGAGGAGACGGGCUUGCAGUGCCAGCCCCUCACCCUGCUGGCCGUGGAGGAGAGGGGCCCCGCCUGGAUCCGCUUCGUCUUCCUCGCCCGACCCACCGGUGCUGGCCCCGGCGCAUCUCAGGGGGGCUUGGAGCUGCGCGGGUUGGGAGGUCGGGGUUAUCCCCUUGGCAAGAGGUGCCCUGCUUCGAUGCACGCAAGGACGAUGCACCUGGGCAGACCCAGCUGGGGCUGCAACAACAGUAGAGGAAUGCAGGAAGCUUGCUGGGCCUCCCUAGACCCAGGGCAUGCACUUGCAAAAGUUGAUUUGCAUGCAGAGAUGCCCAUCUGUGUCGCAGUGCUUCCAAAACUACUUCAGUACUAUCCCAUAGAAAGCAUUAUCCAGAACAGCAGUUUGCACCACCCACUAAGCAAGAUAAUACAAAAAAAUUCAGAACAGUAAGAAUUAGUUAAACAUUUAUUCAAAAAAAUAAACACAUGCUCUGAUCCAACAUUGCAGCUUAAAAUAUAUAUACAACGAAGAUUUUUGCAUGAAAAGUAUUUUUAUACAUUCUUACUAACAAAAACAUACAGAUGAGGGAAAUUUAUAGUAUGAAAUGUCUGCAUUUAUGUACUUCCCAAACAUACACAAAGCUUCACAGAUGUACAGUAACUAUAAGAAAAUUAAUAGCUGUUAGCAAUAAUUGGCUAUCUGGCGACUUGUGAUAAUUUAGAAACAUAAAGAUGAACAAAUGUGACCAAAGAAAAUAGCUUUGAAAGCAGUAAGAGCAGUAAAUACGAGGUAAGGAAGAUGUUUCACUUGAGGUGCCAGCCUGGUCAAUCCUAAAUAAGCCAUCAGUGCCCUCAGAGGGCCCCCCUCGCCCCCCUCAUUGCCUCUUAGGAUCCUCCCAGGUAAUCCUGUCGCCUCCCCCCCAAGGGGCAUUACCACCCACUGUGGAAACCACUGGCCUGAGUUCUCGCUGGCCUUGGGCCUUUCAGCGUUAUCACCAGCCCUGUAAGUCUUAUUAAGAAGGGACCCAGGAGAUGGGCAGGAGAUCUGGGACCCAGGGCAAAAGUGCUGGGCCCUAACAGCGCCUUUGCAAACACAAAUCUCUUCUCAAAGCUGGGGCUCCGUGUUUUUCCUUUCCCCAGUGAAGGACAAAGCAUUAAACUGGGCAAGAAGUAGGGUGUCCCGGUGUGGCCGUGUUCCAAGGCCACUUCUGAACAUCUGGAGUGUGUUUGGGGUGGGGGUGUCAGACUGGAUGAGUCCCUCCUGAUUCUUGGGGUCUUGGACCCAGUGAGGGCUACAAUCUAAUUAGAGGUUUGCUGAACAAGUUUCUCUGCAAGGUAAUGGCCUUCACGUGUAUCCUAAAAACACCAGUCUCCACUGAGCAUUCCAAGGAAAGUGAACCCUGGAUCGGGCUGGCAUAUAGCCGAGAAAAUCCAUCCUUGUGGGUGCACACACAUGGCACAAUUGUCUCGACUCCCACCUAACCCCAGGCAUCUUCCCUCUUCCUUCCAGGUGGUGCCUUGAAGACCCUUCAGGAAGCUGACGCAGAAUCCCUGCAGGCCCAGUGGUGGAACAGGGAGACGCCCUCCCUGCCUCUGCGUUCCCGGGACAUCUUGCCCUUAAUAGAGCUGGCUCUGCGGUACCAAGCCAGCCCGGCCCACCCGCGAACGCUGCCCGUGGAGCUGCCUUGCGCCUUCAUCUGCCAGCGGCUGCUGCUUGUCUGCGUUGGCAGCAGUGGUGACUUGUGGGUGCUUCAGGGGACAGCGGGGGCUCCGGGCCUUCCUCUGGCCACAAGCGGCCUGGCUCCCUCACAGCUGGGCCACAGGCUCCUGGGGGCCAUCCAGCGCCUACUCCAGGACUCCCUGCCACACCCCCAGGUGCCCGUCCGCAUCCAAGGCCUGCUUGGGGUCCAGCAUCUCGGGAAGGAGCCCGGGCAGAGCGAUGGGAUCUGCUUCAACAUCAUGGCGGCUGUAGGCGACAAGGGACGGUGGCUGGAUGAAGCGCCCCCGGCGUUGCAGAGUGGAGCCUUCCUCUGGCGGAAGGUGGAGGAUGAGGCCCUGCGGAGCCGGAUCCUGCAGAGGCUUGAUGAGGUGUCCUUUGUCCCCAUUCACAGCUGAACCACCCCCCUGUCGAGAUACGGGAUGGCCCCAGGUGUGUACUUUGGGCCAGGCAAGGAACCCUGGAGGAGCCUCAGAUGGGCCAAAAAUGCUCGCUGUUUGCUGGAAUGAGGGACGCUGGGAGUCUGUGGUGCCACAGAGGGCACCUUGCAUUGUGCCUUUGCAGGAAACGACACAACAGCUGAGGGCUUGAUGGCGCCUGAACUCUGGAACUGGCCAGGAGUAUUAACCUUUUCUUGCUCCAGAGUGCCAGCUCACAGCUGUGAUUCUUCCACCUUUCCGCACCAGGAGCAUGGCAAUGCCUGUGCAUGCCGCCCCCCCAGUGCCCAGCUUCUGGGUUUUCCCCACAGCUGCAAGAAAAAGGACCUUGACAGGAGGAGCUUAGAGCUCUUGCCACCUUUAUGGAUGAUUUGCAGCCUUGUUGAAUCCAGCCAGGAUUGGUAAAAAUAAAAUUAAAAAGGCCAGUUUCCCCUCGUGUUCUACUGUUUCUGCAUGUUCUUGUUUGUAAAUGAGAAAAGGGGGCUCAGCGACUUCCCACAGGUCCUAAACAUGAGCGUGAGCAAAGCCAGGAUGUUUACCACAGAUUAUUUAUUUCAAGGCACGAGUAAGAAACCCAUCAGAGUAGAAGCAGAGAAUCUGUAGCUGCAGUGUGGAGACACCAAGUGCGCCCCAGCUUACGGAGGGGGGGGGCAGAUUCCCUCCUCACAUGUAUUGCACUUGAAAAGAGUCUUUAGACCAACAAUGGACUGGACGCUGUGCCUGGCCAUGGUGGGUGGAGCCUGUCCCAGCCAGGGCUGCUGGUGGUGGCAUUUAUUUAUUUACAUACUGCGUAUUGAAACGAAUAGCUCACCUUUUCCUCCAAGGAGCUCAAGGCGGCCCAUGUGGUUCUUCUCUCAUAUAAUCCCAACCACAACAACCCUGCGAGGCCGAGAGGCAGUGACUGCCCUAAGAUCACACCCAGUUAGUUUCAUGAUGGCUGAGUGGCGAUUCGAACCCUGGCCUCCCAGGUCCUAUUCCACCCUGUGACCCAGCCUCUCUCAUCCUUGGGUCUCCAGGUGCUAUUGGACUACAACUCCCAUAAUCCCUGACAACUGGUCCUGCAAGCCAAGGAUGAGGAGAGCUGUAGUCCAACGCCAUCUGGGGAACCAACAUUGAGAGAGGCUCUUUGGGAAGGGGUUAAGUUGCAGCUGAAGACAGGAAGGCUAGCAGAAACUCUGUUAGAAUAGAAAGUAAAAACGAAAGGGAAAGGGCUCUUUUCCUGAGGAGUUCAGACUGGACAGAUCAAUCCGGAAAGGAGCAGAAGAAAACAACGUCUGCUGUGGUUAGGAGCAAAUAGUGUCUCCCCCUCUUUGGCCUGGCCUUUGCAGCCUGCAGAGAAGGUCAGAAUCGAGGCAGGAGGCCCCACAACCCCUAACGCCCAGCCAUGGAUAGUAGGAAGAUUCUUCCUUUCACAAAGCAGCUUUCGGUCACCCUGCCUGCCCCACUUUCCCAUUGGGCAAACAUUAAAUAAAACAAGCCAGAGAUUAAAAACCCAGAAAGUCCAGGAGGAGCCUUUAGUAUCUUCUGUACCAGACUGCCCUGAGGUGCCACAUGCAGGCUCCAGGCUCCUGCAGGGAGGAAGGGAGCCAUCAUGCUCUGAAAUCACAACUGGAGCCAAGGCGAGAGACUUCUGAGGGAGAAGGCAGAGCACUUCUGGCUUUGUGAGGAACCACACGCUCGACCUCAGGAAGAGCUAGGUCUCGCCUUGUCACAGCCUGACUUCUGAGACUUUGGCUCUAGGGACUGGGCAUGGGGCUCCUGGGCAGCCCUUCAAGCACAGGGGGCCUGCCUCUGCUCUCCCCGCAUGAAGGCAACCAGCGACGGCUGCAGCCCGGUUCUCACGAGGCUGCAAAGGGCCCUCUAGGGUUGCCACAAAUGCCCUUGCCAGACCCCAGCUGUGCAUCUGUCCCUUGAGAAGUGUGGGAUCCAAAAGGGGCAGCGCGCUCCUUGGAACGUCAGGCGGGGACCUCGCGCAUGGACUUGACGAAGACGAUGGCCGCCAGCUCCUUGCAGAAUUCUUCGAGGACAACCACCCCCUCCAGGAGGGUACGGUGGCCGAUCCUGUAAGGAAGCAGGCAUGUGAGGCUGAGGAAGCGGCCUUGCCCUCAUUUCCUAUUGCUCACCUCCCCACUUCUGCUUCUCAAGAACGACAGCACUUUACAUUUGCUAAACACCUUCAUCAUAUAUGCACUAUCUGAGUCCUUUGCAACCCUAGCAGAGGAGGCCAGUGUCACGCCCAGGAGGACAGGAGCUUGCUGGAGGGGAGACUUAAACCAAAGACUGCCUCCUUUACAGGUCAGUCUCAUUUCCUCCAUGCAGAUUGUCAUUUGUCAGGGAGUCUUUAGCUGUGAUUCCUGCAUCACAUGGGGAAGGACUAGAUGACUCUUGGGGUCCCUUCCAACUCUACAAGUCUAUGAUUCUAUGGUCUGUGCAGCUCCGUCUGAUCCAGCGCUGAGGGCCUUCUGGCGGUUCCCUCGCUGCGAGAAGCCAAGUUACAGGGAACCAGGCAGAGGGCCUUCUUUGUAGUGGCACCUGCCCUGUGGAACGCCCUCCUACCAGAUGUCAAAGAGAAAAACAACUACCAGACUUUUAGAAGACAUCUGAAGGCAGCCCUGUUUAGGGAAGCUUUUAAUGGCUGAUGGACUAUUGUGUUUUAAUAUUUUGUUGGAAGCUGCCCAGAGUGGCUGGGGAAACCCAGCCAGAUGGGCAGGGUAUAAAUAAUAAAUUAUUAUUAUUAUUAUUAUUAUUAUUAUUAUUAUUAUUAUUAAUCAGACUGUGAAAGGAAUAGAUGAAUAUAAAAAUGACAGGUCUGGUUGUGCCCCCACACCAUGCCUUAGAGUUUGGAAUGUGCCUGAAUAUAAGAUGGCUCUGCUGGAUCAGGCCAAAGGGGGCUCAUCUAGUUCAGCAUCCUGUUCUUACAGUGGCCAACCCGAUGCCCAUUGUGGGAAACCCGCAAGCCAAGAUUCAAGCACGAGAGCCCUCUCUCCCCUCCUGUGGCUUCCAGCAACUGGUGUUCAGGGGCAUUCCUGCCUCCGACUGUAGAGGCACAAAAGAGCCAUCCUGGCUAGGAGCCAAUGAUUGCUUAAUAAUCCUCCAUGGAUUUGCCCAAUCCUCUUUUAAAGCCAUCCACCCCUGCCUCCUUUGGGAGCAAGCUCCAAAGUUCAACUCUGCACUGCGUGAGAAACCCUUCCUUUUAACUGUCCAGCCCUCAGCUUCAUUGGAUGCCCACAAGGCUGUUUUAUGAGAGAGGGAGGAAAACUUUUCUCUAAAUGCUUUCUCCAAGCCAUGCAUGAUUUCGUAAACGUCUAUCAUGUUGCCUCGCCCCUUUCCCUGCAAAAGCCUCCUCUUUCAUGGAAAACCCAGAUUGCCAUUUGUUCUAUAAAGGUGAAGGUAAAGGGACCCCUGACCAUUAGGUUGUGGGGUUGCAGCACUCAUCUCGCUUUAUUGGCCGAGGGAGCCGGCGUACAGCUUCCGGGUCAUGUGGCCAGCAUGACUAAGCCGCUCCUGGCGAACCAGAGCAGCGCACGGAAACGCCGUUUACCUUCCCGCUGGAGCGGUACCUAUUUAUCUACUUGCACUUUGACGUGCUUUCGAACUGCUAGGUUAGCAGGAGCUGGGACCAAGCAACGGGAGCUCACCCCGUCACAGGGAUUCAAACCGCCGACCUUCUGAUCGGCAAGUCCUAGACUCUGUGGUUUAACCCACAGCGCCACCCUGAUUCAGCAUCAAAAGCAGGUUUUCUUGGGCCAUGCUGUAGGCAGGGCAAAGAAAAUGGAAAAAGUGCUCAGACAUGAAGCAGGAAAGUGCAGGCCUGUGCCUAGAAAGCGCAGGGCAAAAGUUACGUGUGGAUGAGCCCUUACUGGCCGUUCCUUUAAACUGAAAAGUCCCUGCGCUCAACACAAUAAUCCAGACCUAAUGACAGGGCAGAACCUUCUGGGAACAGCAGCACAACAAAGAGGGUGAAAUUGCUGAGCAAUUGGCCCUCCCGGGCUUGCCACUCACAUGGCUAGCAGCCAUCAACAGCCCUCUCCUCCUUCUUGACUUUGUCUAAUCCUCUUCUAAGUCCACCCAAGUUGGUGGCUACUACUGCCUCCUGUGGAAGGGAGUUCCAUAGUUUGUGCUGUGCAAAGAAGUCCUUUCUUUUAUCAUUCAGCUUCAUUUUUCUCUAUUCACUUGCUGCAUGCGGUCUAUCAUUUCAGGGUUCCCUCAUCUCAUGCAGCCUCUUCUUUACCUUUCCUUUUCUCCAAACUGGAGGUCGGCACCAGCCCUUUCAACCUGUGUGUCGUGUCCCCCCAACACUCACUGUUGUUCUUCAGCAGGGACCAGCCCCAUCAGCCCCCUCCGGACCAGCAGCAAGUUGGUGGGGAAGUUUGGUAUCCGGUGGAUCCUUUGCAUUAGGUCUCCAAUCACCUGGGAGGAGGAGAAACCAGUGGGGCCGCUUGUGAGUCAGGCCUCCCAAGUCAGGUGGAGAGGAGGCGCUGGGGGAGGAACGACAGGGCUCCCCUUAGCUUAGAGGCACAGGACACCCCAAAAGGCACCUUCUUCCCCAGGCAGCAUUCCCCAUUUCUCCCCGCCUGCCUUGCCAAGACUAGACAUUACCCUGAUCAGGACGGAAAAGAGGGUCCUGCAGCCGGGGGCCAGAGGCAAGUAGGGAUCCAGGAGGUACUCGUGGAGGUGAGGGUGGGGAAAGAGAGCCAGGCGGGACAGCACCGACGUCACCUGCAGGUUCACCGCGUAGGGCUGCAAGGGAGGAAUAAGAAGAGGAGCAGAGGGCUCAACUGUGGGGCGUCAUUCACAGCCUGCAUAAACAGCCAGGCAUAGAGGGUCACCGGAGGGGGAGGGAAGAGAGCAGGAGAGAAGCGAUUCCCCCCACCCACGACAUUCUGCACUUGCUCUCUGCAACCAAGACCUUUUUGUUGUGUUAUGGAAUGAGCCCCAGCUGCAAGGUGGCAUUUCAAGGCCUUCCCUGUAGGGAUGAUCGCUGGGUGUGAAGCACACUUCCGCCCACAGGCAGCCUCAGCUGUCUGAACAUCAUGCCACCUAUCUAACCUUUUGCUUUCUUAGUGGUCUGCCAUGCCCUGUCUGUGAUCUUUGUCUCCUUCGUCAUACACUGUGCCAGGGGAAAAUGACGCGGUAGAAACAGGUGCCAGAAUAACUUUGUACCACCCCAUGAUCUCAGGAUUGGAAGAUGUGUAAAGGUCACAGUCCAAAAUCUGACUGGUUUUGCAUAUUGUGCCAAUAAAAGGAGCCUCCACAGAGCUAGCCAGCAGCUUGCUUAUGCACAGCUCACUUGAUGAUCAUUAUUCACUUCCCCAUCCCUCUUAUGUACAGUGGUACCUGGGGUUAAGUACUUAAUUUGUUCCUGAGGUCCGUUCUUAACCUGAAACUGUUCAUAACCUGAAGCACCACUUUAGCUAAUGGGGCCUCCUGCUGCUACCACGCCACUGGAACACGAUUUCUGUUCUCAUCCUGAAGCAAAGUUCUUAACCCGAGGUACUAUUUCUGGGUUAGCAGAGUCUGUAACCUGAAGCGUAUGUAACCUGAAGCGUAUGUAACCUGAGGUACCACUGUAUUUAUUUAGAGCAUUUGGGAACCCUCCUCAUCAGCCAGAGGCUCCCGGAGUGGCUUACGAGACAAGACACAACACACAAGGGGAAAAGGAAAGGGAGGGAUGAGGAAAACAAAAACUCAGGCAGAGAUUUCUAAAUAGUUGACCAGGUGGCCCAGUUCAGGGGCAGGAGGCGGCUGAUGGAGCUGGUCCUCCAGCAUAGCUGAUGCAAUGAGCCCUGCUGCUCCCACUUUCUCUUCCCCUGAGACUGCCUGAUGGAAUGGCUGCAUCCAGGUGACAGGUGAGGGGAGAGGAGGCCAAAUGGAGCUGGCCUCUCACAGCAGAGCCCAGCUUUCCAGCUCCCCCGCUGAGGCAGUCUGGUAGAGAAUCUUAGCGCUCCAUCCUAGAGAAGGAAGCAGGCCCUGAAACUUGUCGCUCCCUGCUGCUUCUAGGCCACAGAAACACCAGACCAGAAGGGUCUUCGCGAUGCUGGCCACUCCCAGCAAGGAUCCCUUUCCCAUCCUCACCUGGUCCAGGAUGCGCAUCAGCCGUUCAAAGAGCACUUCCAAGAAACGGCCCUCGUAGAAGCCGGUGCUGGCAGAGCAGGUCUCCAGGGGCCGAGGGGCCUUCGGCCAGUGCCAGCGAGACGCCUUGGUACAACAUUCCUGGAACUGACAGAAGAGGAGGGGGUGGAUGGAAGAGGGCGGGCAGGGGAAGGGGCUAAGGAGAGGCUCUUGCAGGGCCCAGCUGAGACAAUAAAGGAGAAUGAACUCAAAUGCUGUGAAUCGCAGGAGCAGGGAACAACGCCAGGUAUCACACAUCAGCAGAGAUCAGGUAGGCAGGGAGACAAGGGACUCACCAACACACUGGCAUCAUGGACAUAGGUGUCAUACCCGGCCUCUUCCAGGUAGGCAGAGGUCUUUGCUUCACUGGGAACCAGGCAGAGGAAGCUGAGAAAGAAGGAAGGAGGAUGGCAAUGAUGGGGGGGAAAGAAGCCUCUGAGACCCAGGACACAGGUGUGAGGGUCAGCAUUAGGAAGAGAGCAGCAUUAGGAAGAGGUCGGCAUUAGGAAGAACCUUAACAUGGCAGCAGGUGUUAUAUAUAUCAUCAUCCUUUAUUAGGCAUAGCACACCACACACUAACAAACAAACAUCAUAUACAGACUGUAUAAAAUACGGGCUCAGCGAACACAAUUUAUCCCAGUCCUAUUCUUAACUCCAAGAAAUAAAUCGAUGUACAUAGAUAAUAUAAUACAACACAACAACAUCACCUACCAUUAAAAACCACUAAGUCUCUUUAUCAUGGCCCAUUCUUUCUUCAUGGACAGCACUUAAAAAUUCAGCUGCUAUUAAAGUAAUUUGAUCAUCGCUGUCCGCCAGCAGGUCCUGAACAGUUGGUUGUGUAAAAAUCUGUCUAUUAACUUUUAGGGCCUCAAAUAAUUGUUUUCUGGCAUAACUACCAAAAUCACAGGAAAAGAAUAUAUGCUCUAGAGUAUCGGGUUCCUGUUUUCUGCAUUUGCAGAGACGCUCUGAUUCUGGGAUAGCUAAGUAUCUUCCUCUCACUACCACCGAGGGAAACAUGUUGAAUCUGGCCAACAUAAACAGCCUACACAAUUCAUGUUUCUUCAGAUUUGUCAUUUGGCAGCAGGUGUUUAGGCAGUUCCCUUUCCUUCUCUUGGGGAUUUUAAGCAGAGGUUGGAUGACCAGGUGUCAGGGAUUAUUUAGCUGUGAUUCCUGCAGGGGUUUGGACCAGAUAACCCAUAUAUAUAUAUACAGUGGUACCUUGGGUUACAUACGCUUCAGGUUACAGACUCCACUCACUCAUAAAUAGUAUCUCGGGUUAAGAACUUUGCUUCAGGAUGAGAAUAGAAAUCGGGCUCCGGCGGCGUGGCGGCAGCAGCAGGAGGCCCCAUUAGCUAAAGUGGUGCUUCAGGUUAAGAACAGUUUCAGGUUAAGAACGGACCUCUGGAACGAAUUAAGUACUUAACCCGAGGUACCACUGUAUAUACAUUGCAGAGAUAUAAUCCAGGCAGGGUUAAAAACCGAGCUGGCUGCAGAAAGCCAAGUUGUUUGCCUAAUAUAUCAUACAAGCUCCAACCAAAAUGCUCAGCCAUUUUAAAAAAUCCUGUAAAAUGGCCAAGCCACAUAGCUCCCUUGAUGGCAGCCCCUGUCUACCUUGUGCCUACUACAACUCCCAUCAGCAGUGGUCAGGACAGCCACACCUGGCUGGCCCUCAUGGAAGUAAGAACCAUAGAACUGUAGAGUUGGGGGGAGGGACCCACAGAGUUAUCUAGCAUGUCUGAAAUGCUUGAGCCUGGCUGGGCUGGGGUGGAGGAGUCUGGCGAAGGCCUGCCUUGUGAGUUCGGUUAAGCUGUUCACGUAUUGUGAGCCGGUCUCCCUGCCCUGACUUCGUACCUGCUGACCACCUCCUUCACGUCCUCCGGCUGGGCUUGCUGCUUUGGGGCAGGGACGCCCGGCUUGGUAGAGACCUGGAAGCUGGUGCCUGGGAACCCGUCUAUGAAGUAGGGAUCCUCCUCCAGUUCUCUACAGGGACAGAGAACAGAAGCAUUGAGUGGCUGGCCUGGACGAGGACCCCGUCCCCCAACUUUCCUCUCCCGCUCUCACUUACAACCCAUCCUCGCAGGGCUCCUGCUCACGAGCAAGGGACUCCUCCUGCCCAGGUGGGCUUCUCAGGAGGUAGCUGCGCUCCUCCAGGUGGUCCAGGACCAGGUGCUGCAUGAUACGUUGAUCCGGAAGCCACAGCAGCUCCUCAAACAGCCUCAGGGUGGCCAUACUGAUCUGGAGGGGAAGAGGGAAGAAGGGCAAGGAGUCAGGAAAGCCCGCUAGGAGGCCCUGCUCCCAGCACUGGAAGCUGCUGAGUUCCACCACCUCCGGCCACCUGGAAAAAGGUAUAGGGAGAUGGAAGUCAGGGGUUGGCCAUGGGAAGCCUCCCUUCUGGGAGAGAAGCUCUCACUUCAGGCAGCCUGGAGCCACCCCUUGGAGACCCGCAGAAACUCCAGGCAGCCGGCAGGGAAGGUCAGUUGGUAGCAAGACAAGCAAGAGCAGCUAUUGAGGAACAAGGGCACCAAGUUGCUGGGUUUUGGGGUUGCAGACUGUCAUUUCCCAUCUUGAUCAAGCCAUGAACAUAGGACGAGGCUGCCGGAUCAGGCCAAUGGCCCAUCUAGUCCAGCAUCCUGUUCUCACAGUGGCCAACCAGAUGCCCCAAAGGGAAACCUGCAAGCAGGAUCCAAGCAGAAGAGCAACUCUCUACAGAAGAGAGUCGCUCCUUCCCCUUGAUCAUUUUGGGGUUCCUUUUCUGACCUUACUAAGGGGCCUGGCAGAUAAUAUUAAUAAUAUUAAUAAUAAUAAGAAGAAGUUGUUUUUAUUUAUAUCCUGCCUUCCCCAGCCAAAGCCGGGCUCAGAGCGGCUAACAACAAUAAAAGUAACACAGCAUUCUAAAAUCAAUUCAAUUUAAAAUCAAUUCAAAAUCAAAUUGAUGGCAACCAUUGGGCUAGAGUUCUGUGAGGAUUACCAAAGGAGGGGGUCAGACUGUGCCUUGGCCAAAGGCCUGGUGGAACAGCUCUGUCUUGCAGGCCCUGCGGAAAGAUGUCAAGUCCUGCAGGGCCCUAGUCUCUUGUGACAGAGUGUUCCACCAGGUCGGGGCCACGGCCAAAAAAGCCCUGGCUCUGGUUGAGGCCAGCCUAACCUCCCUGUGGCCUCUGUGGGACAUACCAGGAGAGGCGGUCCCGUAGGUAUGAGGGUCCUAGGCCGUAUAGGGCUUUAAAGGUAAAAACAAGCACCUUAAACCUGAUCCUGUACUCCACCGGGAGCCAGUGCAACUGGUAUAGCCCCGGGUGAAUGUGAUCCCACGGUGAGGACCCCGUAAGGAGUCUCGCCGGGCCUUCUGCACCUGCUGGAGUUUCUGGGUCAGUCUCAAGGACAGCCCCACGUAGAGUAGAGAUUCAACCACAGAGCUCACUGCUAUCCUGGGGAAGCCUCAGCUGCUGCUGAAGGCUUCAUUUCCUCCUACAGAGCUGAGCCUGAUUCCUUCCCUGGGGUUCACUAAGCCUCAAAGGCACCAUGAGAGUUUCCAUUUUGCAAGGGAAGGUUCGGGGGGCAGGGGGAGGGCUGGAAAACCGUCCCCCAUGCUGGGAUCUCCUUGGCCUGCUGUGGUCUUUGGUCAUCACUAUCGCCCCAGGGAUAAGUUCCCAACAAGUGGGGAGAAGACCUCAAGCCCAACAAAACCCAUAAUCCCCAACCCCGCUCUGAAACUCCUGGGAGCAUGGCAGUUUUUGUGACUCAGAAAAAGUCCUCUGCACAUGCUCUGAGGCUUUUGAUUGCUUCCCACCAGGAAGCGCUGAUGCUUGGCCUUCAAAGGCUUGAAGACCUCCGUCUUAUCAAGAUGAAGUCCUGAACAGCCUGAGGUCCAGCAAGCUGUUGCCCCCUAAGGGCAACCUGACCCAAGCACUGAGCCACCGCUGCGUGCUGCACCUUUCUCCCCACUGACGCUUGCAGGAAUCCUGCUCAGGUGGAACCUUUCCAGCAGGAUUUCAGCUCACCUCAUCAGACAGGUGGUUGCAGCGCUCAAUCAGUUGGGAGCAGAGGUGGUGUUGCGGCUGGUGGCCUGAAUCCUUGGGCACUGCGGGUUCUUCCUUGGUUCCCAGCACAAACCCAACCAAUUCCUGGAGGAGCGCAGGAGAGCGGAUGUGUCUUACCAAGGCAGUCAGGACAGCUGUCGAGAGAAGGAUGCCGCGUUCUGACCUGCCAAGGAAGACAGGGAUGAAUGAGGGGGGGUGACUCUGGCCAUGGGCUUAUUAGGCAGGUCUCCGAGUUCCCCCAAGCAGGACAAGGCUUGGUGCUCACCCCUCUUUCCAUGUUAAGCUUGGACUCACAUUUGCAGGAGCUGGGACUGCAGGACUCCCUGGAAGAACCUCUGAGCCACUGUCUCACUUACGGCACCUGCCACAACCUGGUGGGGUGAAAC